UGUUGGAGAUGAUGUAUUUAUUGGUAGUGGCGCUAAAUUUGCAGCGUCCGAAACUUUUAUUUCUAUUGGCUCAAAAGUAAUGUUCGGUCCUAAUGUUACCAUUAUGGGCGGAAAUCAUAAUACUAGUGUAAUUGGAGCAUUUAUGUAUGAUGUGAGAGAAAAAUUGCCAGAGAAUGAUCAACCGGUUAUUAUAGAAGAUGAUGUAUGGGUAGGUACAGGUGUGAUAAUUCUUAAAGGUGUAACUAUUGGAAAAGGAAGUAUAAUAGCUGCUGGAUCCGUUGUAACAAAAUCAUGUAAACCAUAUUCAAUUUUAGGAGGAUAUUUCAAAUCUGAAGAAAGACUUUUGUCAAAAGAUAGCCUGAUAGAAGCAACAAAUUCAAUAAGGCAUAGGGGACCUGAUGAUGCUGGCUAUUACGAAGAUGAAAACGUCGGUUUAGGGCAUCGACGGUUGAGUAUUAUUGAUUUAUCUUCUGCAGGACACCAACCUAUGACAUCCGCUAAUGGAAGAUAUAUCAUAGCUUAUAAUGGCGAAAUUUACAAUUAUUUACAAUUAAAACAAGAAUUACAAUCUAAUGGAUUUCAGUUUAGAAGUCAGUCUGAUACUGAAGUUGUUGUAAAUGGAUUUGAAUAUUGGGGAAGUGCAAUUUUUGAGAAAUUAAAUGGAAUUUUUGCGAUUUCGAUUUGGGAUCAAGCUGAAAAGAAAUUAAUCCUUGCUAGGGAUAGGAUGGGUGUAAAACCUUUAUAUUAUUGGCAUGAAAAUGAUUUGUUAUUAUUUGGAUCAGAAAUUAAGACUAUUUUAUCUUAUGACAUUGUAAAAAGAAAAAUUAAUUUACAGUCUUUUCAUGAAUUUUUAUAUUAUGGGUAUGCUUUAGGAGAAAAUACGAUGUUUUCGGGAAUUAAAAAGAUUUUGCCUGGACAAUACUUAGAAAUAUCGAAGGAUAAAGUAAUGACAAAAAAAUUCUGGAGCAUUAAUAAUAUAAAUACAAUAUCCCAAAAUAGCAUAAAAGAAUCAACGGCCAUUUCUCAAACCAAAUCUCUUUUGGAAAGUGCAGUUUCGAGACAACUAGUUAGUGAUGUUCCUGUGGGGGUUUUUCUUAGUGGUGGUAUUGAUUCAUCUGCCAUUACUGCAUUUGCAUCAAAACACUAUGCUGGAAAAUUAAAAUCAUAUUCUGCGGGAUUUGAUUUUGACGGAGGGCACAAUGAAUUGCCACUAGCUUCAAAAAUUGCUAAAAAAUUCGGAACGCAGCAUCAUGAGUUAAUGGUACAAGGAAAAGAUAUUACGGAUAUCAUAAAAAAAAUGAUCUAUCAUCAUGAUGAGCCAUUUAGUGAUGCAGCUAAUAUUCCAUUGUAUUUAAUGACACAACAUGUUAAAAAUGAUUGUAAAGUGGUUUUGCAAGGAGAUGGUGAUCAAUUUUUGGAAAAAGUAGAUAAAAGUACUAUGGCAAAUGGUGUAGAGGUUAGGGUCCCUUUUUUGGAUAAUGAUUUAGCUUCAUUUGCUUUAGCUUUACCUUCAGAGUUGAAAGUUAAAAAUGGUGUAAAGAAGUACUUAUUAAAAAAAGCUUUGGAUGGCAUUCUGCCUAAUGAGGUGCUAUAUGGUCCCAAAAAAGGCUUUGGUGUUCCUUAUCAAAAU